CCAUGGCUGGUACAAAGGGACUGAUAAUUGUCUUCAUUUGUUUCUGCAUGUUUUCUGCCAUUCUGGGCGGCAAAUUUUGUACGACUAAAGAUGGGGAAAAGUUCGAGAGAGGUACAAAAAUAUUCACUUUCGAUUGCCGUAGGGAGUGCACGUGUACUGGCAACGGUUUGAAGUGUAAAGAUUUUUGCUCCAAGAAGCCAUACAAAUGCGCAGGUGACGAAGAGCCGAAGUUCAAGACGGUGAGAAGAGUGCAUAAAGGAAAAGUCUGCGAAUGUAAAGAGUUUAUUAAAUGCAUCAAGAUGUAACAGCAUGGGGGAGCUGGACUUGGGAACUUUAGAGAGA